UGCAAUACCCAUAAGGAAAGCUCGGCGGCGCGCGUCAUGGCGUUCCGACGCCGUUCAUGGCUUCCACCCCUCACGCUGGCCAUGGCUCUCCUCUCUUGCCUCGCUACCACGGCGGUGGGAAAGCGGACCGGCGAGCUGUCCGUGUUCUGGGGACGGAACAAGGACGAGGGCACCCUGCGAGAGGCCUGCGACACCGGCCUGUACAACACCGUCGCCAUCUCCUUCUACAGCGUCUUGGGCCACGACCGGUACGGCGUGGAACUCUCUGGCCACAAGCUCGACGACGUCGGCGCCGACAUCACGCACUGCCAGUCCAAGGGCGUCCUGGUCCUCCUCUCCAUCGGUGGCGGCGGUGGCAGCGGCAACGACGAGUCCCUUCCGUCCACCGCGUCGGCGUCGGACGUCGCGGACCACCUCUGGAACGCGCACCUCGGCGGCGGCCGCAAUGGCGUCUUGCGCCCCUUCGGCGACGCCGUGGUCGACGGCGUCGACUUCUACGUCGACCAGGGCGCGCCGGAGUACUACGAGGAGCUCGCACGACGCCUCGACGGCUACAACAUCAACGCCGCCGGGAACCGGAAGCGGGUGCGGCUGACGGCGACGCCGCGGUGCAUGUUCCCGGACCGGAGCCUAGAGCCGGCGCUGCAGACGGGUCUGUUCGAGCGCAUCCACGUCCGCUUCUACGGCGACGACGGGUGCUCCUACAAGAACGGCGUCGUCGACCGGUGGGAGAAGUGGACGGCGAGGUAUCCCGGGAGCCAGGUCUACCUGGGGCUCGCCGCGGCCGAGAGCGGCGUGCCGGAAGGGGCGCGGCCGCCCGUCGAGGUCUACCUCAAAUAUCUCUACUACCUCCUGCUGCCCAAGGUGCAGAAGGCGCCCAACUAUGGUGGCGUCAUGGUCUGGGACAGGUUCACCGACAAGAAGACCGGAUACAGCAGAGCCGUCAAAGGCUGGGCAUCAUGCAGCUAUGCUGGCUGUGUUUAAUCCGACUUGACUAUACAUUAAUAAUAGAUAAUAAAAUGGAAGCAGUGUAGUUGCUUUCAUGUUCUGGACUUGUAGUGAAUGGAGUAACUAGGCAGAACCGAGUUUUUCUUCUUUUUUUUAUCAAACAAUAACAGAGCCGAUGUAUUUGUACGCUUGUAUACUCCGAUGCAUAUCUAUCGUUGGC